UUGUUUUGCUUGCUCGAGCUGAUAAAAACACAGCCAGAGGAAGGAAGCAGCGACAUCAAACAACCUAUGAUCUAGUUCUCUCCAGUCAGUAUUUUAACAAUAAACUAACAGCGUCGACGCCUCGGAUAUUUUAUAACCUUUUAUAUUUUUGCUUUGAAUUCAGCCGCUGCCUUCGUUUUCCUCCACUGCCAGCUGCUUGACUUGACGCAGUAUGCCUUCAGAAAAAACCUUCAAACAAAGAAGGACAUUUGAUCAGAGAGUAGAAGAUGUCAGACUGAUCCGAGAACAACACCCUAACAAGAUACCUGUGAUCAUUGAGAGAUACAAAGGAGAGAAACAGCUUCCUAUUUUGGACAAGACCAAAUUCCUGGUGCCAGACCAUGUCAACAUGAGUGAACUCAUCAAGAUUAUAAGGAGGCGCCUCCAGCUUAACUCCAACCAAGCCUUUUUCCUGCUAGUCAAUGGCCAUAGCAUGGUCUCGGUGUCGGCUGCCAUCUCUGAGGUGUAUGAAAGGGAGAGGGACCAAGAUGGCUUCCUUUACAUGGUGUAUGCAUCCCAGGAGACCUUUGGUGCUGCAAGGACCACCCAGUGAACAACGUUCCUUCUUCUUCCGCCCCACAAGCCAUUGGACAAUUGUAGUUUUUAUCCUCCUAGUGUUUGUUGCCACACACAUUUAGUCUGGAGCGUUUUAUCUAAACCCAGUGUAGAAUAUUUCAGAGCUCUAUUCGUUCAGAUUUUAUUAUUUGAUAUCAUGAUUGCAGUGAAUGAAUAUACACAGUAGCAUAAAGCCACAAGAGUUGACAAGAGUGGCAGUAUUAAAGUAGAGAAAUCCUCAAAUCUGACUGUUACUCAGGUCAAAAGUGUUUUAGUGAUUGCCUCUUCUUUAUACUUCCUGGUUAUGUCCAUUGUUGAUGGCAGUUACUUUUAGUGUUGUGGUAACAGGUCUGCUGGGCUGUGUUAACGAAUACAUUUCAUGUAGUAUGACAUGAAAGUGGAAAUGUUUCACCAUGUUUCCAUAUAUACAUUAGCCAUUUAACAUGCCAAUCUAAAUUAUAAAGUGUUUGGAGACAUACACUAGAGAGGUCGUUAAGGGUGUCUGGGUUACAAGAUGCAUUUUGGCGAUUUUAUCACAGCUUGAAGGUAAAACUUAGCGAUUUUAGUUUCCAUCAAAGUUAUUUUCCCAGCGAAAAAUGCUAAAUGAAGUAGAGAAGUUCCAUGUGACAAAUGACAUCGCUGCUGUGUGUCUGCUCUACAUUCCCUCAGUGGUCCUUAGUGUUUUUAUCCCUCCCUGCUUGUAGUCUAAAGCAUCGCCACUGUAACAAAGAAACUGCUUUUACUUUUGAAAAGGAGGAUUGUUAUCUGCAAUAGAAAAAUUGCCUUGGUGUACAGAUACCAUUGCAUUUAUGACUUUGAAUUUAUGAGAAUGUUACCAAGUUGACUUUGGACAUGUACAAGGAGCAUGUAUGACUAUAUGUGUGGAUGAGGGUCGAUAGUGUUUCUGUAAAGGUUGAUGAGUUGAGGGGUUUGCCAUUUUCUUUCCUUUUUUCCCUUUAAAAUGUAUUUAUUAAGGUCACAGAGGAGUGAAGUAAGGGAAAAAAAAGGACGGUUGAUCAGCAUCAUUACUGACAAUCUGUCUGUUUGGCUUUUGAACCACAGGGCUCACAGGUUCUUUUGGAGAGAAAAAAAAGUCCCUCUUUUGAUGUUCCUUCACACUUUUUAUUCUGUUGUGCAACUCCUCCUCCUGACAUUAUCUUAACAAAUCUUGAUUUAGCUGCUUUUAUAUUGCAGUAUUUUAUCAUAUUGGUUCUUUUUAUUAAAUGCGAUUUAUUUCAUUUUACUUCAUGUCUUCACUAUUCUCCGUCUUCUCUAUAUGAGGUACAAAGGAGACUUUUUGCUGACAAGUGAAAGCCACCGUGUGUUUGUUACAGAGGGGUGGAGCAUUUGUUUCAGAGCUUUCCUUUCUGCCUGCUCCUUUGUUUCACAUACACAUCCACCACUCUCAGCAAUAUCACACAGCCUACUCUAAUGUAUUUAUGUUGUUUCUUUUUGUAAACAAUAAAACAAGAAAGAAAGAU